GCGACGCACGAUUGCAUUCCGAUUUCGAAUAUUUUUCUUUUUUCAAAAACUGUUCACGCUUUUAACGGAUCUGUGUGAAGUGUAAUAAGCUGAAAAUAAUGUUACUUUUGUGUUUUACUUCUUUUUGUGGUGGAAAAAGUUAAUAGUGGUUCGUGAGGUGUUCUCACUUUGAAUUGUGGUUUAGUUUAGUGUUGGUUCAGUGUGAAACUUUGGAGUUACAUGCUUUGUACUGUGACUGUGGUGACGACUGGAUUAUAAACCAUUGGUUUCUGGACCGUCCUAGACUUUCGGAUCGGGGCUUCGGAGGGAAAGGGACAGAAGUCGACAGGUAGGGAGGCAUGCGCGCACUGCGCAGGCGCGACGCCAGCGCCAUUGCCGCGACUGCCGGCCGCGACAGCGCGCGCACCUUGCGACUGCUCCUGUCAACUGUCAACAGAGCUUCGAAAUACUUACCAAGAAUUCACAAAACUUACCAGUAACAUGUGAACAAAAAUAUAUACCAAGGAGUGAAGUGUUCUUGUGAUUUGUGCAACUUGUGUUGUGGCCACUCGAUGUGUAGUGAGGCAAGCCGUGUUAACUUUGGAUGAAUGUCAGAAAAUCGUCUUAUUGGAUGCUUUUAAGUGAUGGAGUGAGGGCGUGGGCGCAUGGGUCCGGCGCCUGCGCUGCUGGAGGCGGCGGCGCGUGGCGACGCGGCGCGGCUGGCUGAGCUGCUGCCGGCGCGCGCGCACCAGCUGCAUCUCACUGACGAGAACGGUUGCACGGCCUUGCAGCGCGCGGCGGCGGACGGGCACGUGGAUGCGGUGCGGAUACUACUGCAACAUGGCGCCGACCCCAACAAGCUGGACCUCGUGCACGGUAACACACCGAUCCACGAGGCGGCAUGGAAGGGCUACUCGUGCUGCGUGGCGCUGCUGGCAGCUAACGGCGCCGAGCUGCGCGCGCGCAACCACGCCGGCUUCGCGCCGCUGCACCUCGCCUGCCAGAACGGACACAACCAGUCCUGUCGCGAGCUGCUACUGGCCGGCGCGCCGCCUGAUCUACAGAACAAUUACGGCGACACAUCCUUACACACAGCGGCGCGGUACGGGCACGCGGGUGUGACGCGCAUCCUCCUGUCAGCGCAGGCGCGCGCCUCCGAGCAGAACAAGAACGGCGACACAGCACUGCACAUCGCCGCUGCCAUGAACCGCCGCAAGCUCACGCGCAUCUUACUAGAAGCUGGUUGUGAUAAGGCCCUCCGCAACCAACAGGGCGAGACCGCUCGCGACAUCGCCGCCAGGAAGGGCCUACAGGAAAUCAUCAACAUCCUCAACACCCCUGUCGCCAAACAACCGAAAAAGAAAGAAAAGCGAGACAAGAGCAAAGAGAGGACUGUCGACGAACCCGACAGCAAGAAAGACAAAAGCAAAGACAAGAAGAAGAAAAAUGUCCACUUUGAAUCUCCGAAGCAAGUCCAGUGGUCACCGUAUGGCUGCCACUACUACCCGGACCCGAAGUACUUCCCCAAGCCGAAGCUGAGCUCGCUUCCCACCGAACCCUUGAAGAAAGGCGAGCAGUACUACUUAGACUUGGCGGGGAACAUCAAGAAAGGACCGAUCGGCGCCGGAUACACUUGCUACUGCGCGCCGUUCUUCAAGCAUAUGGAGGAUAAACUGAACGAGGACAAGAAAGAUCUGAAGCGACAUAUAGAUAGAGCUCACGAGAGAUUGGAUCAAAAGGUCACGGACUUGGAGAUGAAGACUCAGGGGCAGAUAUCAGAGUUGACGCGAUUCGUGGCAGCCGAGCGAGCGAUGUGCAAGGAGAGGCACAAACAUCUCGAACACUGGCUGACACGUGGCAUCAUGUUCCGAGCCUCCGAGAGAGUCAGGAAGCUCGACUACAGCCCCAAAGGCUCCUUAGACAUACCUCCGCUCAAACGCACCAGAAGUUUGGAACUCCUAGAUGCCCACACAGAAGAGUGGCACAAAGUUAAUAGAUUGAUAAAAAGUUUUAACCAGAACGCUGAGCAUUACGAGACACAUACCAAAGACUUGAAUGACAGUAAGGGUACGUCGAAAUCUACUGAAGUUUUAGACAGUAGGCGGUCACCAGCGACGUCGAGGAAGAACUAUUUUCUGAAGAGUUCAAAGAGCAGUGACCAGCUUGAUGCGGGCCCAAGUCGGUCCUCUCGAUCACCACAGACGUCUCACACGAGCCCCGACAGGAGCCACAUGCAGAACGUUACAGCUGAAAUCCACGUAAAAGCCAACAAAAUUUCCGUCUCUCAAUCGCCAGGGUCGAUCGAAGUUCAAGGGUAUAACGAAAGGUACGCCUCUCCUAGUCGCCAAUCCAACACUAAAUCACCCAGCGGGAGCAAUAGACAGUCAAAAGCGAGCGAUUCCGAAGGGGACACUUUCCUUAGAAGCAACCAAAAUAUGUCAAAUUGGAAGAGUCAAGUGUUACAAAGAACUGCAGACGAUAUAAGAAAAAGAGUUCAAUUGGAAAAAGAGAUGUCGAGCGUUAUAUCGAGGGGGAAUAAGUCUAUGGAUAUCUCGCAUGAUGGGUACGUGAAGCUUCCGAAGCAAGGUUACCAGAUGAGGGAGGAUAGUAAAGACCGAGAGCCGAGGAAGUCCGUUCAAGAGCUAGUGGCGGCGGUGGAGCAGCAGCAGCGGGCGCGCUCGCCCUCCCCGCCGCCCCGCAAGCUGCCCGGCGACCCGCCGCGCUCCCCAGCGCCUUUACAACCCCAGCCAAGCGCUGGAAUACUCAAAACACCGCAACAACCUCAAAGACCAGCGCCAGUAUUAAAAGAAAAACCACCUAAAACCAAACGCUUCAGUCUCCACAAUCUAAUCCCGUUCCCAACGAGGAAGACGUUCCAAACUCCUCCAAAGGAUAACGGCAACGAAUCGGAGAGCAGCGACGAGGAAGAUAGUCCGAUUAGAAGCACAAACCGUCCCGGGCCGAUGAGAAACGCUAACUUGCUGCAGACGUUGCCGCUGCCGAACUUCGAGACUGUAUCGCAGCCGCAGUCGCCCGCACCUCAAAUGCCUAGUCAGAGCAGUCAGAGCUACGACUUGCGCUCGAUGAUUCCUAAAGAUGCGUAUUUCCACGAGCUGCCGAACCGCCAGGUGCACCACCAGAUGCCGUAUCGAGACAUGAUCGACAACGGCCUCCCGUUGCCGCAGUACUGCCAGAACCAGUACAGCUACAACGAAGUGUCGUUACCCUUACCAGACAACCAGGUUCAAGGUAGAAAUAGGAACCCUCUGUACCACCACCAGACCGGAGUGUUCGACGCUAUGAUGCAGGACCACAUCAUGCGGGAGAUCGACCGCAUACCGCACUGCUACAGCGAGCAUCUCAACCAGAACACUGAGGUGGAGAUCGCCAAUCAGAACGAGCACUUUCGCGGCGGUUACUACGAUAACGGUCCGACGAUGUACUCCAACUAUACACCAAACCACGGAGUAAGGAAACCAGCCCCCGACCACAGUCUGCUCCACCAUCGAUUACAGUCACUCGCAAUUAACACGCACCUAACGGAAACCCAGAGUCAAACCGACAGAGAGUCCCACAACGACUCAGGGUACAGUACUAAAGUGUACGGGAGUUCUCAGGGCCCUUCCCCGAGCCUCUCUGGGCAUGUCGACGACAACCUCUCAGGGCAAAGAGUCAACGUGUUACCGAACGGGAAACCUUUAGGAAGUCAAUUAGGGACUUCUAGCUUAGUGUGAUAAGCGAUCUUAUGUUUUAACAGUCAAACAAUUCCGUCCAUACUCUCUUGCCUCGUCGUGUGCCUUUACUUUCCACAGGGUUCGAAUUUGAAAAUUAGCGUUUAUAAUAAGUUUGUAUUGGAAGUAGAAUUAGAAUAUUCAAUUUAAAUUGUCUUCAAAGUGUGUUCAAACUAAAACUUUAUUCUUUAUCCAGCUAAGGCCUUUCUGAAAUUAUAUCUUCGCUAUAAAAAUGAGAAAAUGUAAAAAAAUACUCUUUUAGUCACGCUGUAGAUUUAAUAAACAAGUACAAACCGUAGGACAACUAAACUAUGCAUCACUAGCACCACUACUGAACAACUUAUAAUUUACACAAUAAUAGGGUAGCUGACUGCUUUUCAUCGAUCUAUUCACGUGAAAAUGGUAAAGAUUAAUCUGAAAUCCGUUUUUCAAUAUCUUAGGUAACACCGGAGAUAUUAAUAGUUAAAGUCAGUGGUGGGGAAAUCCUCCGUCCCUUUCUAGCAAUAGGAACAUGUGAUGUGACGUCUCACGCGUUCCUAUUGCCAUUUCUUUCUAGUUGAUUUCGGAAGACUAUUUCAUUCAUUGUUUUAAGUUUACGCGGUUAUUAUCAUACUUAAAACACAUAAAAACGGGUUCUUACCGCGUUUAAAGCAGGGAUAUGAGACUCCCGAUACCGAGUCGCACUUAACAGAUCCCGACGUGAGGACACAGUGAGUGCGGUUUGUCGUAGUGAGUUUGGUGCGAGUUCAGAUGGUUCCGAACAUUCCGAUAUCAAAUACAUAAACAAGCGGCAAAGAAAGAGGGUAGACAAAUAUGUCUGCCCGUAGAAAAUUAUGGAUCUACCUACUCUAGUCCAAUCUCAUCAGUCAUCCUGUGAUCAUGGCACUUGGAACAGUGUCGAAAUAUCGGGAGUCUCAUAUCCUUGCUUUAAACGCGGUAAGAACCCUUUAUUAUGUGUUUUAAGUAUUGACUAUUUCAUUUUUCAACGAAUUUCGAGCCUGUUUCCACAUUUCGCUAUCAAUUUUUGUACUUACUUAUUUUAGAACUGGAAAACCUACAGUUUUGGAGACUAAUCAACUACCCUAUUAUAUUAACGUUUAUAACUCAAGUACAAAUGUAUUCCGAAUAGAAUUUACACAAUUUUGAUGCCAUUUAUACAAUUUAUAAUAAAUUAAGAAUAUAAAUUAAUAUAAAACACUUCACUAAUGGAAUCUUUUGAGAGAAAAUUGUUUUCCAGUAUGUAAAUUCCUUAAGAUUAUGUACUAAUUGUAAAAUAUAGCUAAGCACCGUAUUGAGCGCCUAUUUAGUUAGUAGAUAAGCACGAUGUUUUGUAUGAGUUAUUGUAAAAUAUUUUCAUAUUUAUUGUGUUGUAUUUUGUAUGAUUGAUAAUUUUGUACUGAUUUAUUCUAAUAAAAUGCACUUAUAAAGUGUCACGACUAA